AUGGCCAAGGAGAUGGACCUGACCACUGGCACAAGUUAUUGCCCUAUUGCCAAUGGAGACCAUCAAUCUCCUGUUGAUAUUAAACCCAAGGAAGUCAAAAAAGAUGCAUCUCUGGGGCUUCUCUGGAUCACUUGGAAACCUUCCACAUGCAAAGAGAUCAUCAAUGUCAGUCAUUCAUUCCAUGUGAAUUUUGAGGAUAAGGACAAUCAAUCGGUGCUCAAUGGCAGACCUCUCACUGGAACGUAUAGAUUGCGGCGGUUUCAUUUCCAUUGGGGCCAAACUGAUGAGCAAGGCUCAGAGCACACAGCUGAUGGAAAGAAAUAUGCCUCAGAGCCUCAUCUUAUUCACUGGAACGCAGACAAGUAUUCAAAUGUAGCUGAGGCUUUCGACAAACCGGAUGGCUUGGCAAUUGUCGCUGUUUUCCUGAAGCUUGGCUUAUGCAAUGAAAACCUGAAGGACAUCCUGAAGCCCUUGGAUUCAAUAAAGACUAAGGGUAAGAAAUCUCUCUUUUCUGAUUUUGAUCCUUCAAGCCUACUGCCUAAAUCCAUGGAUUACUGGACCUACAAUGGCUCUCUGACUCAUCCUCCCCUCCAUGAAAGUGUCAUCUGGGUUAUCCUUAAAGAGCCAAUUACUAUCAACUCAAAGCAGUUGUCUCAAUUCCGCACAAUUCUGUCUUCUGCUGAAGGGGAAGGACCUUGUCCCAUACUGAGCAAUCACCGGCAACCCCAACUGCUGAAAGGCAGAGUGGUGAGAGACUAAUUCCAGACAAAUGGAGCAAAUCCGGAGCACAGUCUACCCAUCAAGAACAACACAUCUAAAGACUAUAGAAAAAUCUACCAAAGAAAUGAGAACACGCAUGUGCUCUUAGAUACAGUAUUCUUGUCCUGCCAGAAGCUGUUGUAAUUUACUGUGGCAUUCAACUAGUGCUUUUAGUGGAAUUAAUCUAUAUUCUUUCUGUGGUAGGCAACUAAACCACUUUAAUACAUGACUUCUAACAGUGAAAUGUACUUUAAAAUUUUUAAUGAAUCUUCACAUUCCUUCUGAUGUAUUAAGUAAACUGUGAUAAGGAAAGUAAUUGUACAGAGUGAAAUUAAUCAGUACUCAGCUUCCCACAAAGAAUUGUAUGAAAUUUCUGUUGUUUUUUGCAACAAAAUCACUACUGUUAAUGGCAAUUAUUAAU